AUGAAGACGGAGUUCAAGUUCUCGAACCUGCUGGGGACCGUCUACUGCAAGGGCAAUUUGCUCUACAGCCCAGACGGCACGCACCUCUACUCGCCCGUCGGCAACCGUGUGACGGUGUUCAACCUUGUUGACAACACGUCUUAUACGCUCCCGUUCGCCCACCGCACCAACAUCGCCCGCCUCGGCAUCACCCCCCGCGGCAACCUUCUGCUGACCGUCGACGAGGAUGGCCAGGCCAUUCUGACCAACCUGCCCCGCCGCGUUGUCCUCUAUCACUUUUCGUUCCGCGGGCCCUGCACGGCGCUCGCGUUCUCACCCUCGGGCCGCUUCUUUGCCGUAGGCCUCGGCCGCAAGACGGAGGUGUGGCACGUGCCCUCGACACCGGACACCAACGCAGACGGCGAGCUGGACUUUGCGCCGUUUGUGCGGUUCUGGACGUACGCAGGCCACUUCGACACGGUGCAGCAUAUUGCGUGGUCGGGCGACUCGCGGUUCUUCCUGACGGCGUCCAAGGACCUGACGACGCGGAUAUGGAACUUGGAGCGCGAGGAAGGGUUCAGUCCGACGGUGCUGUCGGGCCACCGGCAGGCCAUUGUGGGCGCGUGGUUCUCGCGGGAUCAGGAGACCAUCUACACUGUCAGCAAGGAUGGCGCGUUGUUUGAGUGGCAGUACCUGAAGCCGCCACGGCCGGAUGGAGAGGAGAGCAGCAGUGACGACGAGGAGAGUGACGACGACGACGACGACGACCGAGACAUGCGCUGGCGCAUAGCACAGCGCCACUACUUCCACCAGAACAACACGAGCCUGCGGUGUGCCGCCUACCACGCCGCAUCGAACCUGCUCGUGGCCGGCUUCUCGAGCGGCGUGUUUUGUCUCUACGAAAUGCCCGACUUCAACCUGAUCCACACGCUCAGCAUCUCCCAGAGCGACAUUGACCACGUCACGAUCAACUCGUCGGGUGAGUGGCUGGCGUUUGGCGCCUCCAAGCUCGGCCAGCUGCUCGUGUGGGAAUGGCAGUCCGAGUCGUACAUUCUCAAGCAGCAGGGCCACUUUGACGCCAUGAACGCGCUGGUCUACGCGCCCGACGGCCAGCGCAUUGUCACGACAGCCGACGACGGCCGCAUCAAGGUGUGGGACAUUGCGUCGGGGUUCUGUGUCGUCACGUUUACGGAGCACACGAGUGGUGUCACGGCGUGUGAGUUCGCUAGAAAAGGCAACGUGCUCUUCACGGCGAGUCUCGACGGGUCGAUCCGCGCGUGGGAUCUCGUGCGCUACCGCAACUUCCGCACGUUCACGGCGCCCACGCGGCUGUCCUUCGCCUGCAUGGCCGUUGACCCCAGCGGCGAGGUCGUGGCUGCCGGCUCCGUCGACUCGUUUGACAUCCACAUCUGGUCCGUGCAGACGGGCCAGCUGCUCGACCGGCUGUCGGGCCACGAGGGCCCCGUGUCGACGCUGGCGUUUGCGCCCGACGGCAGCGUCCUCGUCAGCGGCAGCUGGGACCGCACGGCGCGCAUCUGGUCCGUUUUCAACCGCACCCAGACCAGCGAGCCGCUGCAGCUGCAGGCGGACGUCCUCGACAUGGCCGUGCGGCCCGACUCCCAGCAGCUCGCCAUCUCGACGCUCGACGGCCAGCUGACGUUCUGGUCCAUUGCCGACGCCGCGCAGGUCGCCGGCCUCGACGGCCGCCGCGAUGUGUCGGGCGGCCGCACGAUCUCGGAUCGGCGCACCGCGGCCAACGUCGCCGGCACCAAGAGCUUCGGCUGCAUCCGCUACAGCACCGACGGCAGCUGCCUGCUGGCGGCCGGGCGCAGCAAGUACAUUUGCCUGUACUCGGUGACGACAGGCGUGCUCCUCAAGAAGUUCACCGUCAGCGUCAACCUCUCGCUGAGCGGCACGCAGGAGUUCUUGCAUAGUGGCAAGCUGACCGAGGCGGGUCCGGCGGGCGCGCUCGACGAGCAGGGCGAGCUGUCGGACCGCGAGGACCGGCUGGACCGGUCACUGCCCGGCUCGAAGCGCGGCGGCGACCCGUCCGCGCGCCGCAGCGUGCCUGACGUGCGCGUGUCUGGCGUGGCGUUCGCGCCGACGGGCCUGGCGUUCUGCGCGGCGUCCACCGAGGGCUUGCUGGUGUACUCGCUCGACACCACGCUACCGUUUGACCCCUUCGACCUGAGCAUGGAGAUCACGCCGGCGUCGACCCUGCAGGUGCUGCGCGAGGAGCACGACUACCUUAAGGCGCUAGUGAUGGCGUUUCGGCUCAACGAGGCCGCGCUUCUCCAGCAUGUGUUCCUAGACGUGCCGCACCAGAACAUCCCGCUCGUCGUGGCGGGCGUCCCGACGGUGUACGUGGCGCGGCUGCUGCGGUUCGUGGCGGCGCAGACGGAGCAGUCGCCGCACAUUGAGUUCUGUCUGUUGUGGAUCAAGGCGCUGGUGGACCGGCACGGCGCGUGGCUGACGGCGAACCGGGGCAAGCUGGACGUGGAGCUGCGGGUGGUGGCGCGGGCAGUGGGCCGCAUGCGCGACGAGAUCCGGCGGCUGGCGGACGAGAACGUGUACACGGUGGACUAUCUGCUGGACCAGGCCAAGGCGCGGCAAGCAACCAAGAAGCUGGCGGCCGCCCAGCCGACGGCUGUGGUGCCCGCGCUGACACAGAAAGGAGAGAAGUACAAGGCCGCUGAGGAACCACACGCCGAGGUGGUUGUCUUUGAUGACGGCGACGAUGACGAGGAGGGUUGGCUGGGGAUGGAUUAA